AUGACUUCUGCACCGAAGAAGAGGCUCCAGGCUCUGUCAGAGCACCUUGUCAACAGACCGAGAUCGGUUGGCAAUAGCUUCGAAGACCUCCCGAAUAUCCCCAUGGUUGCAGGUGACUCCACCGGACCACGAGUCAAGGAUAAAGUGAUUAUCAUAACCGGCUGCAACUCCCCACUCGGAAUUGGUCGAGCGUCAGCUCAUCAUUUCGCCAACAAUGGUGCCAAAGCAAUCUACAUCUGUGAUCUAGCGACUGAUCAUCUCGAUAAACACAAAAGAGAGAUUGAAUCAAAGUACCCGGGAGUCGAUGUCCAGCCACGGAAAAUGGAUGCCGGAGAGGAGAGCGAUGUCGAAAAGGUAGUGAAUGAAGUGUUGGAGAAGUAUGGAAGACUAGAUGUCUUCUUCGCCAACGCAGGAAUCAGCGUAACAAUGGGCAGUGUUCUGGAAGCUUCCUCAGAAGACUUCAUGCGAACCAUGAAGAUCAACUCGCUUUCCGUCUUUCUGGCMGUCAAACACGGUGCGCGUGGAAUGCUCAAGACAUCAGAUGUCAAGCCCUACCCGGGAGGCUCCAUCGUGGGCGUUGCAUCUUCUGCGGGAAUGCGUUCCAACGCUGGCGCUACGGAUUACUCGGCCUCCAAAGCCGCUGUGAUAAGCAUAAUGCAGACAACUGCUUUCCAGCUCGCGGGGACCGGAAUUAGGUGCAAUGCCAUAUGUCCUGGAAUCAUCGAGACUGGUAUGACUGCUCCAAUGUAUGAGAUGGCGAGAGCCAGAGGUAGUGAGAACAAGAUUGGGCAGUUGAACCCACUCAUGAGGGGAGGCGUGGCGGAUGAGGUGGCGAGAGUUGCAUUGUUCUUGGGCAGCGAUGAGUCGAGUUACGUGAACGGGCAGGCAUGGGCUGUCUGUGGAGGACUCACUGCAGGGCAUCCUUUCGUACCCGGAAAGAUUGCUUGA